GCAUGCGUGUUUACACCAGUCCAGUUAAAACCAUGAAGAUAAAUGAAAACACAUUACUAGAAGGUCACCAAGUUCUUCUUGUGCCCUACAACGCUGAGCAUGUGCCCAGGUAUCACGAAUGGAUGAAGUCACCUGAGCUGCAGCAGCUGACUGCAUCAGAGCCACUGACACUGGAGCAGGAGUACGACAUGCAGAAGAGCUGGAGGGAAGACGACGACAAAUGCACCUUUAUCAUCUUGGACAAGCAACGAUGGACAGAUCCGGGAGUGGACAAGGAGCAGUGCAUGAUCGGGGAUGUCAACAUCUUCCUGACUGACCCCGCAGACACAUCUCUGGCCGAGCUAGAGGUCAUGGUAGCAGAGUCCAGUUUCAGAGGAAAAGGUAUCGGGAAGGAAGUGACACAAAUGAUGAUGCACUAUGGGGUUGCGAAACUUGGAAUCAAAAAGUUUGAAGUCAAAAUCGGCUUGGACAACAAAGCAAGCAUUGCCUUGUUCAAGAAACUGAACUUCAGGGAGGUGUCGUUGUGUAACGUGUUCAAAGAAGUGACUCUCGAGCUGACUGUGAGCGAUUCUGUUCAAACAACGUUGUUAAACAACAUGAGCUACAUGAAGGAGAGAGACUACAAAGACGCCUGCAGCUAUAGACAGGAAGUGACAGCACAGUGACACGAGACGUCUGUUUCAAUGCGUCAGAAGUUAAUCUGUCAUUAUUUUAAACAUAUACGUUCUCGUGCUAAAGUGAAAUACAGCUUUUCAAAAGAGCAACCUGUAACAUUUACUUUACAAAUUGCAAGUCACAGAAAAUAAAACUUUAAUUUAUAAGCAUGAAUCUCAGCAGUGCCAUAAGUUAUAACUAUAACGUGAGCUAUUUCAUUUUUUACUGUGAAUUUCCAACAAUUAUGUGCAAAAACUUUUACUCUUUAUGUAUUGGUGUAAAGCAUUAUGACAUUGGCACUCACUUCGCACCAACACCAGGCUGGAUUCAAGGACGACUCAAACAGGGUAGAGCUAGUGUGUAAAUACAACCGCUUACUCAUUGCAGUGCAAAGCUCUUUAUUUUUGUUGGUACAGAUGAUAAUGGAGCAAUGAUUGCAGAAAAUAAAACAAUUAUAAUCUUGCUUUGCACUUUAAGGCUUAUUUCUUUUAAAUUGGAGAGUAAAAUCCUAUUUUAACAAUCAAACAGAGGAACUGAAGUGUUCGAUUUGUAUUUAGAGUUUUAAUUGUACAUGUCUUAAAUCUUCUCACCCCUUGUUUCCACCUUUGGUUCCAGAUGAAUUAUGAACAAAAACUUUGCGGUGAUCAUUUAAACAAUUAUGUUUUUAUAAUUCAUUUUGAAUGACUGGAAAUUCAGUAUGCACAGCCCAUAAUGAUUCAUAGAAAUAUUGACUUUCUUCCUUUAUGUAAUGUUUUUUGACUUUUUUUUUAACAUGCAGAUGGAUCCAUUUCAUUGCACGCGAUAGUAUUUCAAGUAUAGUCCCCUGUAUUGUCACAUUUCAUUACUGUUUUUGCAAAUCUGCUUUUGUUUUCAGAUCUAUUGAUCAAGUCUGUUUUUGAAACAUACUGUAUUUAUGCAACUGCCUGAUGAAUCAAAUGUGAUGAAAAUAGCUCUGUCAGUUCUUGACAGUGUAAUAAUGUAAACAUCUGCCUACAUUUUAUUAAACUUUGGUGA